AAAUAUCUCAAGUCGUUCAACCCACUGACUGGAUUUACGGGGUACAGUGUUUGUGAAGCGUACGUAGUUGAUUUUACGUGAUCGUAGAAUAAAAUCUCAAAUACUUGACAAGCGUCACCACUUUACCAUCACAGGUUUUAACUGCGAUGAGUCUGUGACUGAGGUUUUCCUCUGUUUUCUUCGGUUUUACACCAGAAUGGCCGCUGCUCAGAAAGCGUCUUGUAAGACAUCAGGCGUUCGUUUCACAGAGGAACCCGCCGCAGCUGCUCACUCUCAUGUGCAUUUCGACGAGAAACUGCACGACUCCGUCAUCAUGGUGACACUGGAGUCAAAUGGACACUUCCUGGUUAAGGUGGGCUUCCUGAAGACAAGGCACAGGUACGAGAUUGUGUUUACGCUUCCUCAAGUUCCAGAGCUUGGGAAAGACGUGUGUCCGGCGCCAAUCCCGAAUCCACACCUCCGCAUCACUCAUUUAACUCCCACUUCAGAUGGUGGUCUCAGGGUGACGUGUGAAUAUAUGGCCUAUCAGGAGGGAGUGUUGUGUGAGGAGCUUCAGAUUCUCAGUGAGAGUAAAGAGAAUGUGUGUGUCAAGGUCAAAGUUCAUGCCCGGGUCAUGGACCGUCAUCACGGCACUCCCAUGCUGUUGGAAGGCGUGCAGUGUAUGGGAGCAGAGCUGGAGUACGACUCUGAGCAGAGCGACUGGCAGGGAUUUGACUAAACCUCUGACCCUCAGACUUACUCGUCAGCGACACCUGUCCCGUAUAUGAGGGCUAGGGACAAAACGUCCAACAAUCCAGAACCCAGCGAAGGGUCUUAAUGUGUUUUCAAAGAGGACGCUUGUUUGUACUGUUACAGUGGAAUGCAGAAAUGGUCUGUUGUUAUACGUGUAGCUCUCUGUGAUUUUUCAGGUUUUAAAGAAUACAAUCAAAUACUGUGCUUGUUCUCUAACUGAAUCCAAAUGUAACCACUGAAUGUUAGUUUUAAAAGAAGAGGUUUGCUUUUAUACGUGUAACUGCACUUUCUUACGCAAUUCUAAUCUGAUUAUAACUGUUGAGAAGGAAACGUAAAGCUUACUGUGAAUGAAAUAAUAGGGACUGAUCCCAAACAGGGUUUUACUUGAUAUGAAACUUGUUGGAAUUGUUCACGUCUAAAGAGUGCGAAUGUUUUAUUUUGUCUACUGAAUUUUAAAGUAUAAUCGCUCGGGUUAUUUUAGUCACAUAUGUUGGUCUUUCAUAAAAUGGUUUCUGCCCUGUUUAAUAAUAAUGAAAUCAACACAUAAAGUGCUCUUUAGAAUAAUUUACAUUUAGUUUCAUAAUUUUUUUGUAGAGCCAAAGUGCCUCAAAACUAUAUAUGGGCUACAUUCAUGUUUAUUCCUCUUAAUGACAGCAUGUUACGUUGAAGCCAUUUCAUACUGAAUGUCCGGGAUUUUGUUUGUAUGGCAUAAGAUUUUGCGAGUUGUGUAGUAUGAAAGUGAACUUUUAAAAGUGUUUUGAAAUCUGGAAACGAAAGGUUUAAUACAUACAGUUACAAUUUAAAUCAGAUGUGCAGAAAUGCGCAAGAUAUGUUAGCUACUGGUCUGCCUUGUUGAGAUGUGUGUCUUACUUUUUUACUUUUAAAACAAAUAAAGUUGACGAGAUGAAAUGCUUUCAAAA